AUGGAGUUCUUCGAGGGAGCGAGCACAGUCCGCCUGCGAAGCAUCCACAACACGUACCUUGUGGCGGACGAAUACUCGCAGCACGUGAGGCUCGAUCGAGACGGCUCCUGUAGCGGUGCCCGGUGGACCGUCGAGAUCUUCACCUACAUUGGCGACCGGCGCCGGCUCCGCCUCAAGAGCUUCUACGGACGCUACCUCGCCGCUCACCGCACGGAGACCGCCUUCCUCAACCUCACCGGCAAGAAGGUGUUCCAGGAGGCGCCCCUUUGCUUCGGCCCUCGCGUCAACUGGCUGCCGCUCCGCGACGGCUGCCGCGUCCGGCUCAAGUGCGUCUUCGACCAGUUCCUCCGGGCCAACGCUGGCCCCCCGCCGUGGCGCAAUUCGGUGACGGUCGACACCCCGUCGUUCCCCUACACCCGAUAUUGGAUUCUGUGGGACGUCGAAUUACUCGAGACGCCGGCACACCCGCCGGUCUCCCCGGUUCACAUAUGCGGCGGUGCCUCCUGCUCCUCCUCCACAGUGGCCAGCGACGCAGCUGCUGCCUCCUCCAUCACUAUCCAAUACAAGGUAGCAGAUGAUGCUGGUAACGUGGACGAGAGCAGUAGCCGGCGAAUGUUGACUUUUGCUGCUGGAGGGAGCAUCGGCAUGCUGAAGAGGAGGCUGCAGGAGGAGACAGGGCUGGUCAACAUCUACGUGUGCGGUUGGAGUCCGACGGACGGCAGCCUCGUUCCGAUCAAUCUUCCGCCGCCACCUGAUUGCCCCCACACUCAGGUCGUGGUGGUGAAGGCCAACUCAACGGCUGCAAGGAACUUGAAGAAUAGAUAUGAACAGCGCUAG